UAAAUUGGUGCGAACCGCACAAAGUAUAAGAACGACCAAUCCGGCCCAUUAACUGAACAUUUUGGCUGAGUUCGUGCUUGAGCUCAGUUGUCAACAAAUUUACAGAAAUCUGUUAAUUUUAAAAUAAACUUCAUAAGUGAAAUUAUAAAAUUAGAGAUUCGAAGUGACAUGAAAUACUUUAUUAUAACAAUUUGCUGUCUUGUGUUAGGCAUACAAGCGGCUUAUAUCUAUGAGAAACCAGCAGACUUGGGUCAAAAUGAGUCUACAAUUGCUGAGAAUUUCGAACAAGUUAUUGCCUCCUACGAUGGUGGCGCUGAGGUAAAGGCUGGCAAAGGGUCAAGAAAUCAAUGUGAAACCAACAAGUGCUUUUGUGGUACGCCAAAUGUUAAUCGCAUUGUCGGUGGCACACAAGUGCGUCAAAACAAAUACCCCUGGACAGCUCAAUUAGUCAAAGGUCGUUAUUAUCCGCGUCUAUUUUGUGGUGGUUCUCUGAUUAAUGAUCGUUACGUUCUGACAGCAGCACAUUGUGUUCAAAAUAAUCGUGAUCAGAUUACUAUACGUUUAUUGCAAUUGGACAGAUCAUCUCGCGAUCCCGGUAUUACCAGAAAGGUCAUUCAAACAAUUAUUCAUCCAUCCUAUGAUCAAACCAGAAUAGUUAAUGAUAUUGCUUUAUUGAAAUUGGAUUCACCGAUACCGCUUACAAGCACUGUACGCCCAGUCUGCCUACCUACUGCAAGCCACAAUUUUGACAAUCGAGAUGCUAUUGUUGCAGGCUGGGGUUUAGUUAAGGAAGGUGGCGUUACAUCAAACUUCUUACAGGAGGCCACAGUACCCAUUAUAAGUAACCAACAAUGCCGUGCUACCCGUUAUAAAGAUAAGAUUGCUGAGGUUAUGCUAUGUGCUGGAUUAGUAAAGCAAGGCGGCAAAGACGCUUGCCAGGGCGAUAGUGGCGGACCGCUUAUUGUCAAUGAGGGCCGAUUUAAAUUAGCGGGUGUUGUGUCAUUUGGAUUUGGAUGCGCUCAACCUAAUGCACCUGGUGUCUAUACACGUGUGAGCAAGUUCGUUGACUGGAUUCAACGAAAUACUCGUGAUGGCUGUUAUUGUAGCUCAUAAAUUAUAAAAACUCCACUGAAUCAUGUUUCAAUAAAAUUAUAUCAUUUGGCAUUAUCCAAAUCGACAUCAUGUA